CCCUCUCUUCUCUUCUUUUAGCGUUUCUUUUGAGCGAUGCUCCGUUUGUGAGGUGGCCGUCACAAUUCCUUUCAAGCCCGAACCUUUUCUCUCUGUCUCUCUGGAGUCUGGACUCGUACACAGAAAGAGAUUGGUUUCGGAACCGGUAAGCUAAGAUCUAUGUGCCUUUGAAUCUCGGAUUCCAUGUCGGUGAGGAGUGAAAUGAAGACGAGUUGAAGAUCUGUGGAAGGAAGGAAAAAGAUCCAUUCGCUGUUCCGCCUUCUUAUUUCUCGAUUUCUUGCUCUAAUUCGCAAUGGGUUGGAGAUAUAACGCUGGGUUGUUUCUUAUCGUGACUGUUGUCAUCAUAUGGGUCACCUCUGCAGAAGUCACGCAGGGAAUAUUUACAGACUACAAACAGCCAUUUGCAGUAACAUAUCUAGGAGCCUCUCUUAUGGUAGUAUAUCUCCCAAUAGCAUUCAUCAAGGACUGGUUAUGUAAUUCACUGAGAAGUGACUCUUCUAAAAAUGGAAAGCCUUCGAAAACUGUUGACAGGUCCUGUGCUGGACUUGGCUCUCCUCUAAAAUUCAAUGGGUUACAGAAAAUUGAAAUGGAACUUCAGGGCUCUUUGCCUAGAAAAGACAGCGAAACUGACCUUUCUGCUCAUGAAGAGGGAAGACCUUUAGUGCCUAAGCAUGAAGAAGAAAUGGAUCCGCUGAAACAUGACAGAGAGCUUCCCACAAAGGAAAUUGCUAAGUAUGGAUUUUAUAUUGCACCUAUCUGGUUCGUAACAGAGUAUUUAUCUAAUGCUGCACUGGCACGUACAAGUGUUGCAAGUACAACAGUGUUGUCCUCAACUUCAGGACUUUUUACUCUUUUCAUUGGUGUGUUCAUGGGAGAAGACUCUCUAAACAUGGCAAAAGUAGUUGCUGUCUUUGUCAGCAUGGCUGGUGUUGCCAUGACAACUCUAGGGAAGACUUGGGCUACAGAUGAGGCACAAUUAAGUGCUGCUGUCAACGGAAAGCGUUCUUUUGUUGGAGAUCUUUUUGGCCUUCUCUCAGCUGUGACAUAUGGGUUGUUUACUGUGCUCCUGAAAAAGUUUGCGGGAGAGGAAGGAGAAAGAGUUGAUGUUCAAAAGUUAUUUGGAUAUAUAGGACUUUUCACACUCGUUGCCCUUUGGUGGCUUGUGUGGCCAUUAACUGCCCUGGGAAUCGAGCCCAAGUUUACUAUUCCUCACUCUGCCAAAACGGAUGAAGUUGUUAUUGCAAAUGGUCUUAUUGGAAGUGUCCUAUCUGACUACUUUUGGGCACUAUCUGUUGUUUGGACAACUCCACUUGUAGCCACUUUAGGCAUGUCUCUAACAAUACCACUUGCUAUGGUGGCUGAUAUGAUGAUUCAUGGCCGUCACUAUUCAGCAAUUUAUAUCCUUGGCUCUGCUCAGGUAUUUGCAGGGUUCGUGAUAGCAAAUCUAUCAGAUUGGUUCUCCCAAAAGCUGGGAUUAUAGCAUUCUAUCAGGAUCUUUGCAAUUAAGCUGGCAAUCAUAUUCUUUAUCAUGGCACAUAAAAGAUGCUACACGUAUUCUUUGAAUUGGUUAUAGACCUCACCAAAGAAAGAGAACUGCAGGGAGGGAAAGAGAUGGAACUUCGGCUUUGAUCUAGCGAUUUUUGUUCAAAAAAGUUUUGGUCUUUUGGGUUUUUGUACAUGUGUGAGUUCUUGUUUGUUUCAACAGGGCCAUGUUCAUGUACUUGGUUCGGUGAGAAAGCCAAGCUUCUGCCUUGUAACCAUUGUUGUCUGUUCAGAAAAAGAUGGCCAUUUCCAAAGUAUCUUAUGGUGAAAAAAUAAGGUGCUAGUCUGCUGCUAGCAUGCUACUGUUGUUGCCUCGGGUUGACAGGUCAACAGAGUCCAUUUUUUAAGAA